UAUAAAUACUAAAUAAGUUGUACAUUAUGUGCACACAGAUCAGCAAUGGCAAUUUACAAAGUGUCCAUGGCUUUUCAUUUGGCUUUUAUCUUUUCUCUUCUGCUUAUUUCCAUGGUUGAAAGCAGAACACUAAGUGAAAUUCUUGAAAAGGCUAAACCACGCAGAGUGGAUGGAAGCUCGAGGCCGGAAGCUGGUUCCGUGAUGGUGAAUCGUGGAUUACCAACAAAUCUAGAACCAGACGCUGUAUCAAGUCACAAGAAAGCGUCACGAAUCAAACACAUUAAACAAACGAGUUCAUUAAAGCCGAUCAGAACGACUGAUGCUACACCAAUCGCGAUGAAGGCUAAUAGUGCUAAACCAAUCUGGUUUACUGAAUAUAAACCUACUUGGUUGAUUGACAAUCCCGAUCAGGUUAUCAAAGGUGCUGAUGAUAUAAUAGAUGACGCUGGAACAGCGCGAGUGAUUGAUCAGCGAGAAGGAACAGCAACAUUUGAAACAGAACCAACUCUAAUAAGUGUUAGCAAUUCAACGAGCAGCAGCACAUCACUGACCGAACCACUGAUCAAUUGCACUCAACUGAGUCUAACCGUAGAAACUCCGAGCACUAACAUGGAAUCAGCGGAAUAUGUUAAAUCAGCCCAAGUGAAUGAUGAAUCUCGAGGAAUGGAAACCGUUACUGAACCAACUCCCACAAUUGUCGCUGGGACAAUGAUGAGAAAUUUACCGAAUGAGGUAGUGUAUAAUUACAGUAUUGCAUCUAGUGGUCUCGAAGAAUUACCUGAGACCGAGACAAUUUCCGGUAUAUACACUGAUUCCGUUGAGGUGAAUGCUGAUAAAUUAUCAGCAACGAGUUCCCAUAAACCGAUCAAAACAACUGAUGCUACUCUAAUAAGUGUCACUGAUCCUUCGACGAAAAUGUCGCUUGAACCAGGGACAAAUUACACUCAAGAAAAUUCGGAGACUAAAGAAGAAUCAACGGAGUAUGCUGAACCUACUCAAUCAAGUGUAAUCGAAGAAACUAAGAAAACUAGCACGGAGUCUGAGAAUGUCGAGAAGGUACCGCGGGCGAUUGGUGCGCAUGUAUUUUACGGAAAAAUGGUUUCGGGUUCAGAGAUGUACAACAUGACAAGUGACGAGUACUACAGAAAAAUAUACCCGACUAAUAACUGCGACGUAUUUUUGGUCGGUAAACUGCUUAAAGUUGCUGAUACGCCACACAACCGAAUGAUAUUUGCCAAAUUCUCUGAUGAAGAGAGCCGUAAAACUAGCGAUGAUUCCAGUGAGGAAGAGGUCCCACUCGACGAUUAAUGUAUAGUACGAAGAUGUGAAAGAAAUUCGAAUAGAUAGUAUUGCAGGUGUGUUUAUGAAUAAGGAGAGGUACAGCUGCUCCUGUAACAGAAAUCUCCAGUUGUUUAAACGGCUAUAAAUAUUGUAUAUUAGUGAAGAAUUUUCCAUGUAUUGUUUUGCUAUGUAUAAUAUUUCAAAUUUUGGUUAUAUAUGAAGUUUUCUUGUUAAA